AUGUCGAAGAAAACCGCAACGAAGGAAGUAGAGGAGGUAGUACGUGUAGGCCCAUCACUAAAGGAGGGUGAGCAAGUAUUUGGCGUGGCGCACAUCUUUGCUUCAUUCAAUGACACGUUCGUUCAUGUGACCGAUCUCUCGGGCCGUGAAACGAUUGUGCGUGUGACUGGAGGAAUGAAAGUCAAGGCUGAUCGUGAUGAAGCGUCGCCUUAUGCCGCAAUGCUUGCCGCCCAAGAUGUGGCCGCCAAAUGUAAGGAAGUUGGCGUCACUGCUCUGCACAUUAAGAUCCGCGCUACGGGCGGUAACCGGACAAAAACUCCGGGCCCCGGCGCGCAAUCUGCCCUUCGUGCGCUUGCUCGUAAUGGCUUGAAGAUCGGACGUAUUGAAGAUGUAACUCCAAUCCCGACCGACAGUACCCGCCGAAAAGGAGGUCGUCGUGGUCGCCGUCUUUAG